CCUCGUACUGGCGCACCAGCCGGCCUUGGGCGGCCAGCAGCUCGCAACAUGGCGGACAGCGCUAGCGAGAGUGACACGGAUGCGGCGGGGAGCUCGUCCGCGCUGCAACCCAACUCCUCCUCAGCUGCGUCUUCUUCCAAGGCCGGCAUCGUGAUCUCGGCGUCCAAGCUGGAGGAACUGAGCAAUCGGCUCGCGUCGCUGCAGCAGGAGAACAAGGUGCUGAAGAUCGAGCUGGAGACCUACAAGCUGAAAUGCAAGGCCCUGCAGGAGGAGAACCGCGACCUGCGCAAGGCCAGCGUCACCAUCCAAGCAAGGGCUGAACAAGAGGAAGAAUUUAUCAGUAACACCUUGUUUAAGAAGAUUCAGGCUUUACAAAAAGAAAAAGAAACACUGGCUGUAAAUUAUGAGAAAGAAGAAGAAUUUCUAACAAAUGAACUCUCCCGCAAGCUGAUGCAGUUGCAGCAUGAAAAAGCUGAACUGGAACAGACUCUGGAGCAGGAGCAGGAGUUUCAAGUAAAUAAACUAAUGAAAAAGAUAAAGAAAUUGGAAAAUGAUACUCUUUCUAAACAAUUUACACUUGAACAGCUGCGUCGUGAGAAAAUUGACCUUGAAAAUACCUUGGAACAAGAACAAGAAGCAUUAGUAAAUAGGCUGUGGAAACGCAUGGAUAAACUGGAAGCUGAGAAACGAAUUCUGCAGGAAAAAUUAGACCAGCCUGUGUCAGCCCCACCUUCACCAAGGGAUAUUUCCAUGGAAAUAGACUCGCCAGAAAACAUGAUGCGGCAUAUCAGAUUUUUGAAGAAUGAGGUGGAGAGGCUAAAAAAGCAACUCCGAGCAGCCCAAUUACAGCAUACAGAGAAAAUGGCACAGUAUUUAGAAGAGGAACGUCACAUGAGGGAAGAGAAUCUGAGGCUCCAACGUAAACUACAAAGGGAAAUGGAAAGGAGAGAAGCACUCUGCAGACAGCUGUCUGAAAGCGAGUCCAGCUUGGAAAUGGACGAUGAAAGAUACUUCAAUGAGAUGUCUGCUCAAGGACUCAGACCUCGUACUGUAUCCAGCCCUAUUCCCUACACACCAUCUCCAAGUUCCAGCAGGCCUAUAUCUCCUGGUCUAUCUUAUGCAAGUCACAGUGUUGGUUUUACACCGCCCACUACUUUGACACGUGCUGGAAUGUCCUAUUACACCUCACCUGGUCUUCAUGUACAGCAUAUGGGAACUUCUCAUGGCAUUGCGAGGCCUUCCCCGAGGAGGAGCAACAGCCCCGACAAGUUUAAACGCCCAACACCUCCACCUUCCCCAAACACACAGACAGUGGUUCAGCUGCCACCGCCACCACCGCCACCAUCCCAACCAGCCCAAUCCCAGCCUUCAACAUACCCUCCUCCUCCUCCUCCUCAGCCAUAAAGUGCACGUGCUGUGACGCAGCUGAUCUGGAGUGGACUGAUGACAUAAAAAGCAGUUUACUGAAGCCAAAGGCUUAACUGGCAUCUUUUGGAUUUGACUUAUUUGCACUGAGAUUAUAUAGGCUUCACCGCUAACUGUGUUGUAAAUGUUUGUCUGAAGGGCAGCCAGUGUUGUUUGUCCACAACACUAAUUUACUACAUUUUGUCAGUGUUGACUGGAACCUCAUGCAGAAUCCUCAUUUUGUUGCUAAAUAUCUGCUGCAUCCAUUUGGUAAUAAGACAUGAUUUGAUUGUUCUGUCGGCUAGGGAGCUCCAAAGCUUCUUUCCACAGAUUUGUAAAAAGAAAAAAACUUACCAAUUAUUUCAUUACAGAUUUUUGCAGUAACUACAAGCAUGAUGUGUCUUGUUUUCUAGGCUGUGUUUAUGCUUCAAUGUGUUAAUGCUUUAGUGUCUUCUUGGGUUUUGCCAAGCAUUUACAGAAUUAGCACUACAUUUUGAAACAAUAAUGGGGAAAUGUUUUAACAGUAUCAUUCAAACGCAUCCAGCAGUGUCACUGAAUCUAAUGUUUACCAGUGUAUAAUUUUUGUCCAAAUAAGCAGCAGAUAAGUUUAAUGCAGAUUCAGUGUUGAAUUUCUGUGAUGUGCUGCGAUUGCUGUUUUUUAAACAAGAAUUCUAGGGUUUAGUUCAGGCAAAUCUACACCAUUUGGCAGGGGUUACUUCUAAAUUUAACAAUUUUGAUUUAGUAUGGAUCAGGCUUAUGGCAAAUUGAAGUAAACAUUUUUGCAUUUCAAUCUACGAUCAACAUUUCUUGAUGUAAACUGUAACCUGCAUAGGUUUAAUGUCUGUGGGCUUUGUAGAUAGUAAAUCAUUAGACGAACAAGCUGGCGUGUUUCAAGCGAAUGUUGUCUGCUGUAAAAUACUUGCUUUAGAUGACAAGAAAUCAUCAGCUGAAAUAUUGAGUCCUGCAAAUUUAUGUUUAAAAGAACAAAGUUUGUCUUUGCUGCCAACUCAACUUUUCAGAGGGGUUUGAAGAGAUAAGUUAGAAAAUUGUUUUGAGCAGAUGUUUUUUUGUGUGAUGUAAUCUGCUAACCCAGGUAGUAACAUUUCAUUUUUCAAGGUAUAAUGCUGUCAUAACCAAAUAAUUCUGUACUGCUUGGUAGAUAUGGGACACGCUGUGGAGAGCGCAAGUUCCUGGCUGUAAUGAAAACUUCAAUAAUACAUGAACCAGUACACUGUAUAACAGGGAGAAAUCAUAAAUACAGUUUUCCGUUCCUCCAACAAAAAUAAAUUGUUUGGUUUGGCUUUGCAGCAGCAUUAAUAAUGUAAGAGUCCUUUUUUCAAAAAAAUGAGAACGCUGGUGUGAGAAGAGUAAGAAGGGAAUGAGUGAUGAAUCUUGUAAUUCAUCUGCAUUGAGGCAGUUGAAUCUUUUAGUUUACUCCUUCAUGCAGGUUUAUGAAUCCCUGAAGGCUUUGCUGGCCAAGCCACCCAAACCACAAAGGUACGAAAUUCCAUCUCUGGGCUACGCUGAGGUGCUGAUUACUAAAACAAUGAUUGCGGUUUGGUUUCGGACCAACAUCAGAAGAGUUGGUUUGAUUCCAUGCUGCUAGUUAAACUUCAGUCAAUUUUUAUUGAAAUGUUAAUAGAAAUUGAGUGGGUUAAGGUCGUGUGCGAUCCUUCUUUUUGCUUUCCCUCUGUGCCCCCAUCAGUCCUGCUUUAUUGUCAUCAUCCUCCAAUGGAAAGUUAUCAGAGACCAUACACCAGCAAGACCUCUAAGCUUUUAAGGAAGUGAAUGGAAUAUUGAAGGGAUUGCUACACUUAGCCCAACCAUUUUUAUGCUGCUACUGAAGCUGACAUAUGUUCAAAUUUGGCAUCCAUCUGCUGUCCUUGAGCAAAGGAGCAAAAAUUAGCCAUUUAGUUAUUUGAGCACAUUCUACCAUUGACUUGUGUAUCUUAAGUGGUUUAACCUAAUUUGUUUGUAAAUUCUUUGAUAGUUUUUUGUCUGGCAUUGUCAUUUAAUUUUUAAAGCAACUAUGGCUCUUCCAGAUAUUCCAGCAAACCCUUCAUGAAGCAGUGCUUCUUGACAACUCUGAAAAAUCAGACUUUUAAUUUUAUCCCCCAUUGUUCUGACUCAUCAUAGCAGGCAUGCCUUAUUCUUUUAAAAUCCUUUCUGCUUCGUGUCAGAUCACUUUUUAAUAUUCUUUCACUGGUGAAUAAAAAGUUUAGUCUAUGAUCAGAGUUGAGCACCACUUCCACGCGAGAAGGAUUGGAGUUCACUAUAAUAUAGGAGGUCUUCAAUCAGGUUGGUAACAUCUUUGUAACAGCAAGUGCAGAUUUUUCAAUUUAAUCAAGUGAUCCAUUGUGCAAACCUAUUGCCUAUGUUUUGGUGGGCUAACUCUGUUUUCUGUGACUAUUGAUCAGGAAGCUUGUUUACCACUGGAAAGCUGUGGUUCUUAUUGCCUGGCUGCAGCCAACUUGUUAGUGAUGUCUUACCACAUGCAGAUUCCAUCUCUGCCAUCUUUUGUUCCAUAACUGAUAUCUGAAAUUAAAAAAGAUGGUGGGGAAGAGUGAGAGUAAAUAUAUAUUUGCCUGCACUAGCUUCAGCUUGUAAGUCAGAAUGUAUAGGUUGAAGGAGAGAUUGUUAAGUGUGAACUAGGUGCAUCAGGAUCUUUCGUUUCAGAUGCAUUAUGACUAGGGCCUUUGUCAAUGCUGACCCAAUAAUUUCCAUCCUUCUUGGAGUUUAAGUCAUACAACUAAGCCCAAUGCUCACAUCUGCAUCUGCCUCUGCCUCUGGUAGUGUCUUGACUUUCCACUGUAGAAGUGAGCAUCAGGUAGUCUGAUGGUGUGACUGGUAAAACAGCUGGAACUGUCUCCAAACUAGGAGAUGAAGUUGGAAACUUUCCCCAUCAUUGUAUGUGAGCUUGUGCAGGAGGAUAUCAGCAUUAGACAAGAAUCCUGAAUGCCUGGGGUUAUUGGUAAAAAUUAUAGGCUGUAGUUUUUAAGUGGUGUCAGCUGAUGGACCAGUGAUAGAAUAUGACACAAAGUACUAUACAUGGAUGAUGACCACACAUGAGGCCAUUAAACUUUUGAGAAUUCCUUGGUCUAUGAAUCUUACUGCCAUCUUAAAUGAAUUCUGAACCUUCUGACGCUGCAGAUGAAGGAUAUCUCCCAUACAUCAUUUCCAUCACCCUCUAGUGCCUCUUGUAAUAAAGAAAAUGUGAUAAUCAGUUUGUCCAGUCAUUUUCUCAUAUAUAGUGUGACAAUUUGCUGUUGGUGCUGAUGGUUGAGGAUGGUUCCUUUCGGGAUACAUAGGAUAGCUCCCUGCUCCUUUGAAAUAAUACCAUCAAUCUCUUUUGUUUGGUUGACUGCAGCAGCAAGAGCACUCCGGGUUUAAAGUGUCAUCUUCAGGAUGCAACUGUUCAUUAGUGUUCCACCGGAGUGUUGGCUUCAGUUUCUAUGCUUGCACCUCUGGAGAGAGAGAGAGAGAUAUAGCCACCAGAUUUUUUUUUCCUUUGGUGCAAGUACUACCAAAGCUGAGCCACUUUUAGUUGGAUUGGACAUGAAGGUGUACUGAGACAUUAACAUUACUGGCCUCAUAUUUUCAGGCUAUCCAUCAGUAAUUUGCAACAGUUUGAUUACACCAAGUAACCAUUUUGAGAAUUCUAAUUACUGAGAGGUUUUGUCAAUAUUCAAGGACACUUUCCUGUGACUAAACAUUUAUGUGUGGAUUUUGCCAUGUUAUAGAGUGGGCAAAUUGAAACAAAAAAAUGCUGGAAACAACUUUCUUGCACCUGAAAUGUUAUCUGUGCCUCUUUCCUGUCAGGAGUAUGCAGUAGGUAUACUGUACUGUUUUUUUUGGUCAGAUUCCUGACAUUUUUUUUUGUUCUGUGGAGAUUUUACUUUGUAAGCUGCAGAUCUCCCCCCACCCCUGAUAUUUUUGUAUAGCUUAAUGUCAGGCCCAGAGUUUACCUAUCAACACAAUAUCAGGUCAAAAUUUUGAAUGUUGAAUUUCCACAAAGGAAGGUAAAUGUAGAACCACUAUUCACUCUCAUGUUCUUCUGCACCUCCUAAAAUGAAUCUACUUUCAGCUCUUUCUGCAUGAUUCAAUUUUGCUAGAGUUUAAAAGGCAGUUUUGUGGUUGUGGUGUGAGAGAAACUAAACAUUCUGUUGAAAGCUUACUCAAAGCUUGUGAUGUACUUUGUUAUUUGUACAGGAUUGUUUGAGCUUCCAGUGAUCCAUAGAUGUAUUUCAUUUACUUAUGUGUGCAUUUAAUAUUUCCCUGCCUGCAAAGUCCCUUGCAUUCUGCUAAGAUUAAAGUAUGGUGAUCCUUUAUCAGCUCAACCAAAACAUGUCUGCACAAUGAUAGCAGUUGUGAUUUGAUCAUUGGUGUUAGGUAUGAACUAUGCAGAACUACAAGAAAAGAUUUAGAAAGAUGAAGGUCAAGUAUUAAUUAUAUGGGAACUGGGCAGAGUAUUGGGUAUAGUCAACUAUCAAUCUCUUUCAUCCCCAAAAGACCUGUAUAAUUCCUUGCCUUAAUUUUGGGUGAAAAAUUGACUGCAACUAUUGAUUCUAAACUUGUAUUACAAGAAAUUCUGCCAAUGAAGAUUGAGUUCAGUUUAGUCUGCAAAGUUAUGUUGUGAUCCACUUGUUAGAUUUUUUUGAAUGUUUUGCCCAUUCUUCAGAAAAUGGAGACGGUGAAUCAAGCCAAUGCAGUAGGUGGCAAGAUUUUUUAAUAUACAGUUGAGACUAUCUAAUUUGAUUUAUUUAAGUGAUCACCAAAGGUGUUUUGUUUUUGCAUUUUUUAUAUUUAGACUGGUAAUUGUGAAAAGGUCAUAUUUUUGAUUGUCCUGAACACAAAUUUAUAUUGUGAUCAAGACUUUCUGUUGAGACUAAUGAUCCAUUUCAUUUCGGGGAAGGUAAGGGAAAGAAGUGGAAGAUUAAAUAAUGUCUAUUAGCCCUCGGGAUUUGGAGUCUUUGUUUGUGAUCCUGCACCAUGAUUAGCAAGAGUAAUUUUUGAAGUAGUUGAGUCAAUUUUUAUCAUAGAGUAUCCCAAUGAGACUUCGUCACGAAAAUGGUUGGAUUUUUGAGUGAUUAUGCUUUAAAUUCCAAUAUUUAACUAACGCCCCCCACUCUAAAAUGGUUAUUCUUUUUAAUUUGAUCUAGGUGCCCAUAUGUUUAAAAAUGUAGGUGGUCCACCUUAUUAUGCACUAAGAAAUGCAACCUGACCAAAGAUCUGAUCUUUAAGUCUUUUGUACCUACAUGAACUAUUUGUUUUACUGGUCAAUAGUAUUUUAAAUCUGCAUUUUUCACUUCAGACCUUUACACUAAACCUAAAAGAUCUCAACUAGUGUGCUAUUACUUGAGCACUCUACUUCAGAUAUCUCAUAAACAAAUAGUGGUGAAAAUAUUUCAGCUAAAUUUAGUUCUUUGAAAUACAGAAGCUUUUAUUUAACUUGCUUUUAGUAAGCAACCACGACUCUGCUUUUGCAUUGUGAAACUGCCCUAAUUCCUUUUCAUUCGUGUACAUGUUGCAAAAUAAAAUAGAAGUUCCUUGACUGUUUUACUGAAAUUAGAUUUAUUCACUUAGCAUUUAAUUACAUAGCUAUCUCCAUCUUUGAAAGACUGUUAUAAUUAGCUAUAUAGAAAGUUAGAAUUAAAAUAGUUAAAUUUAAUUCUAGUUACUUUAAACUCACAUUAAAGAUAGCUUAUAACCUCAAAUUUAACAAUGGCUACAAUAUUAGAUUAGUUCAGAGAAUAGUAUUAAACUUUGUCAUGCAGAAUCUCCCACCAGCCUCCCCGCCAUGUUAGUGUAAGCCAACUAAUAUCACUGCUUGUUUAUGUCCAUUGGGCGAAUUUCUGGUAGCAUUUUAAAUUUGAUUUGAUCAUCCAAAUUUAUAUUUAGACAAACAACAAAUUCUGACAUUUGCUGACAUGUUGGAGUGUUGAACUUGCAUAGCUAUUGGUCUGAAGGUUUUUCAAAGCUGCCUUAAAAGAUUGAGAUUUUAAACAUUUUAGAGCAAAUUAGACUUUGUUCUUGCCUAAUUCCAUGUGCGAUAUGAUCUGAGCUGAAUAUACCUAUAAAUGAAGAUUACAAGUGAAAUUUUUAGUUGGCUUUAAAAAUUAAAAUUUAAAACUUUAAUUCCCCACUAUUCUCCUAUUAGAUUCCUCCUUCAACAGCCCUUACCCUUCCCACACACCUGACUUCACCCAUCACCUUCCAGCUAGCCUCUUCACACCACCUCCCCCCCCCCCACCGCCUCAUCACUUUUGAAUUGUGGCAUCUUUCCCCUUAGUCUUGAAGAAGGGUCUCGGCAUUAAACGUGGACUGUCUAUUCAUUUCCAUUGAUGCUGCCUAACCUCCUGAGUUUCACCAACAUUUUGUGUGUGUUGCUUUGGAUUUCUAGCAUCUGCAAAUUUUCUCGUGUUUAAAGUUUUUAGAUGUAUUAAUAAUGCAUUUAUCUGCAUUUUGAUUAAACCUCGGAUGACUUUGGCUUAUGUAUGUAUAUCUCUAAAGUACUGGGAUUUACAACAGGAAAUGUGCUCAAUUCCAUCUGGUUAACUCCUUUUAGUUGAUCUAAAUUUUGCUGAUUAUGUUGAGUUAGUUUUUCAACAUGGUCUUUUAAAUAGCACCAAUUGAAUUGCAGUAUUUUUAGGGUUUAUGUUUUAAAUUAACAAACCCCUUGUGUAGCUGACACAUUAAGAAAACCUAUGUAUGAACUGAGUGUUUUUUGUAACAGAAAAAUAAAAUUUUGCAG